AUGGCUAAGCUGUUUCGAGACUUAAAUAACCAAGAAGUUUACAUUAAGCACCUGGCUGGUAAAAGGCACAAGGCUCAUGCUAGCUUAGUGGCUCCAAAUGUUGGCCCAUAUUUUGCAGUUCAAUAUGAAGUUACUGGCAUUUGGAGUAAAGAUCCAAAUAAAAUCAAACUUGUUCAGUGUGCAUGGUGUGAAGUUUGUAAAGUCAGCAAUGACACUUACAUCGAACACCUAGUUGGAAAGAAACAUCAGAAGAACUUGGAGCAACUUGAAAAGUUAAAGAAUGAAGGCAGUGCCUCAACCUCAAAUGUUCCAUCAGCUGCAACAAAUGCAAUAAUUGGACCAAUGGAAAACCCAGGAGCCAAGGAUUCUAGGAGGAUUUGGAGACAAAGAAGCGAAAGAUCGUAUCAGGAGGAGCAGCAACUGGUGCGGUCAGAACGUGUACUGUAUGCAAUGUGA